AAAAGAGAUUCCGACCUAUAGCGUAAAAGUGCGUGCGCGCAGCACGUAUGGUAUCGCGAGCGCGCAAUCGGUCAAUACAACAUUGAAGUCACUGCGCCAUCUACAGCUAAGUCAAAACAGUCCAGCUCUCGUCUUGGAUAGCCCUGAUGACUGCGGCUUCGUGGUUCAGUCAGCCGUCUCCGAAUCGUCUGCAUAAAAGACUGGAGGAGACGAAGACAAAGAUGGCUGAGUGAUAAUGAGACUGCCCAGCUCGGUGCUUGUCUCGGUCUCCCUGUUCACAGCUGAGACGACGGCUGCGUUAUAUCUGAGCACCACGUACCGCUCCGCUGGAGACAAAAUUUGGCAGGGCUUCACGCUGCUCUUCACGCUCCUCCCGUCAGUCCUCGUGCAGCUCACCCUGAUAUUUAUCCACCGGGACCUCAGCAGGGACCGACCUCUCGUGCUUCUGCUACAUAUACUGCAGCUGGGGCCGAUUAUCCGGUGUCUGGAAGCCUUCUGUAUCUAUGGCAGCGCGGGCACGUUCGAGGAGCCGUAUGUCACCAUCACCCGGAGGAAGCAGAUGCCCCGGGGCGGUCGGUCGGAGGAGGUGGAGCAGGAGGUGGGGCAGGCCGAGGGCAAGCUGAUCACCCACCGCGCCGCCUUCGCCCGCAGCUCCGUCAUCCAGGCCUUCCUGGGCUCCGCACCGCAACUCACCCUCCAGCUCUACAUAUGCGUUCUGCAGCAGGGGGUGUCCAUCGGUAGAGGCACACUGAUGGUCAUCUCCUUGCUGUCCAUCGUGUACGGCGCGCUCCGUUGCAACAUCCUGGCCAUUAAGAUCCGCUACGACGACUACGAGGUGGACGUGCGCCCGGGCGCGUACCUGUGCAUCUUCCUGUGGCGCAGCUUCGAGAUCGCCACGCGCGUGACUGUGCUGGUGCUGUUCAGCUCCGUGCUGCAGAUCUGGGUGCUGCCCGUGGUGCUGGUCAACUUCCUGCUCUUCACGCUGCACCCGUGGGCGCUGUUCUGGCGCAGCGGCUCGCCCUUCCCCGAGAACAUCGAGAAGACGCUGACGCGCGUGGGCACCACCAUGGUGCUGGCGCUGCUCACGUUCCUCUACGCGGGCAUCAACAUGUUCUGCUGGUCGGCCGUGCAGCUGCGCCUCUGCGACCCGGACCUGAUCGACAAGACGCACAGCUGGCGCCGCGUGGCCGGCUACUACGGCCUGCGCUUCCUGGAGAACGGCGCGCUGACCCUGCUGUGGCACGCCUACCAGACGGACGUCUACCGCGCGGUGGACGAGCCGGUGCUGGCGCUGCUGCUCCUGGUGGGCUACUCGGCGGCCAUCUUCUUCAUGCUGAUGUUCUACCAGUUCUGCCACCCGUGCCGCCGGCUGCUCUCCGCCAGCGCGUCGCAGGGCGCGUGCGAGUGCUGCGGCUCCUCGUGCCUGCUCCUCCACGGGCACCACGCCGCCCAGGUAGGGCCCGUCUGCGACAAGCAGCCGCACCUCACCGACGCGGACAGCCCCGAGGGGGACGGGACCUACGCCACCAACGGAGACCUCAGCCAAAGCUUCUCCAGUAACCCUUAACCCCCCCACACACACACACACACACACCCCCCCCACACCCUUUUUUCUUUGCACACAAAACAAGUGCUCCUUGCAGAAGAAAAGAGAAACAAAGAGUCGAUAAGCCAAUGAAAACAAUUUGCUUUGCCUUGGAACACACCAUGCUGGACAGUAUAAGGGAGGCUAAGGACCCUGACUCGGCCCAUCAUUUUGGACCCGUUGGGUCCCAUCAGCAUGGCAGUGGUAAUCAUCGUAGUUGUAAACCUUUCCAGAAUGCAUGUGAGCUACCUUUAACCUACAAUGCUUAUACAAAAGUGCUGCUUUUGUUCAUGUGAUGUCAGUGUUUGUUUCAAUAUUGUUGUGUUUUUGUUUUGUUUAUCUUUGUGACAUUUACUUACUGAAUUACUACCUUAUUUCAACUUUGAUAUAUUUAUUUAAUGAUUGUAUUACUUCCACCUUUUCACUAAUGAGGGGCAUUGCCAUCUUACAUGGUCCACUAAGUUAAAGCACACACUCAGGUUUCUUCCAAAAGUAUUCUGUCUUUGUUUAUUAAAGCAUUUUCGCCAGGCAAAGACAAACAAAGACAGUAUUCUGUCUUUGUUUGUUAAAGAUUUUUCAUCAGCCAGUAUUCUAGGCUUAAUGCCUGCUACUAACAAAACAAAAAUGUAACCACAUUUAUUUCAGAAAGUAUUGGAAGAGCUUACACGUUUUAGGGCCUUACUUUCAGACAUAUACAUUUGCAUCCUUUCAGUGAUCAGUCUCCCACUUGUUUUGUUUGCACACUCUGAAGGGCACCACUGGCACGAUGCAAAAGCAGACAUUAAAACAACAUCUUUUUUAAAAAAUGAAACAUUUGACCUGGAUGCUAUAGUGAGCCUUCAUCUGUGUAAAGCUGAUGCAAUAGUGAGCCUUCAUCUGUGUAAAGCCGAUGCAAUAGUGAGCCUUCAUCUGUGUAAAGCUGAUGGUAUAGUGAGCCUUCAUCUGUGUAAAGCUGUGAAUGAAAAGUGUAAUUUGUUUACUUUGUAUUUUUACACUCGUGCUUUGCACCUGUUGCACGUGUAUUUUUACAGAUUUGCUAAAGAAAGGGACCACCCAUUGCACAUAUAUUAUUGUCAAGGAAGGGAUAAAAAAAAAAUGUGUCAGUCAAAGACUCAGCUCUUAAACAGUGCUGCCACCUGGUGGUCAAGGUCCUCUUCUUGAAUGUUGAGUUUUGAGAAAAAGGUCAUUGAGAGUCAGCUAACAGCACUGAAUGCUAACCACAGAAAUACCUUUUUUAUACACUUUUGUCAUUUAAGCAUAACCAUAAUAAAGACUCAAUAGAUAAAAAAUAA